CUAAACAGUGUUUUGAUAAGGCAAAGAGAAAGAGGAAGGAGAAUGGUGAGAGCUCCAUGUUGUGAGAAAAUGGGAUUGAAGAAAGGUCCUUGGACCCCCGAAGAAGACCAGAUUCUCGUCAAUUACAUUCAAAUCCACGGCCAUGGCAACUGGCGAGCUCUCCCCAAACAAGCUGGUUUAUUGAGAUGCGGAAAGAGUUGCAGGCUACGUUGGACAAAUUAUUUGAGGCCAGAUAUUAAACGAGGGAAUUUCACCAGGGAAGAAGAAGACACCAUUAUCAACUUACAUGAACUGCUUGGUAACAAAUGGUCGGCGAUUGCGGCGAGGUUACCGGGACGGACGGACAACGAAAUCAAGAACGUAUGGAACACACACUUGAAGAAAAGGCUCAAACACAACAACCAUGGCAAUAACCGACAACAACUCAUUGAUUCACCCAAAGACAUAAAAAAACAACAACCCGUGAAAUUCACUGCCCCCGUGACUGCAGAUAGCCCCCAACAAUCGAUCAGCGACGCAUCGAUAUUAACGACAAGCGACAACAACAGCAACAGCAACAGCCGUAGUACCACUUUCACCAUGAACACCGAAACCAACGAAGUUGGUGUGUCCGAGAUCGACGAGAACUUCUGGUCGGAAGUGUUGUCGGCGGAUAACUCGAGCAUGACCGCCGAUUUCCAAGUUGUUGUUGAUCAGUUUUUCACGAGCUCAUUGGAAGCGGCGAAUGACUACGGUUCCGGUGUUUAUGAUACCGAUUCUAACAUGGAUUUUUGGCAUGAUAUUUUCACCGGAGCGGCGGAUUUACCUGAGUUUUGAGUUUGAUCUCUGUAAUUUACCUUUUCGAUCAAUGUAGCCCUUUAGUUUUC